AUGUUUCGUAUAGACAGAAGUGAGGAGCAGAACAUUCUGUGGAAUUCAGCAGAAGCAUGAAUUCACGCAGUGGAGGAGGACGCCGAACAUUCCAUCGAAAGCCAUCAGCAGCUACUGCCUCUUAUUCUUCCCAGGACCCUAUUGCGGAAGUCACUGCAGCUACAAUAUUCGUCGUUGCGUGUUGUGUCAGCUCUGUGGGGGUCGUGGUCGAUUCUAGCAUGGACCUGGGCCCGCUAGCCACACAUACAUUACGAGUUAAUGAUAAAAUAGCGGGCUGCUCCUUGUAAAUGCUAAGGGUAUGCGACCGGAGCAAUCUGUCGCAGAGUCCCGUUCAGGUGGUCCAGCUCAAUCAGAUGCGAAUCUUCAACUCCUCUGGAGCAGACCACCGGCUGAAGUGUGUUCCCCUUGACUGCUCACCAUCACGGUGAAUGUCAGCUGGCGUAUGGUGAGCUUAUAAAGAGAGCGAGUGUCUGUCGAUUGAGGGACAUGAAAUGCUCUUAGCGACCAAGACCACUCCUGGGGUUAGCCGCGUAGAUUGUGGGUUAGUUUGAAAUCUUUUGAAGUCGAUUGAAGAUCUAGAGUUGUGACUGCUCGACUCGGCGCCGUGCCCUUCCAUUCACCACUUCUCCUUUCCCACAGUAGCGUCUGGUCUCCUUUCGCAUUCUCCUACUCCUUCCAGUGUCGCCUUUUCGCCCUUGGCGGUGUCGUUGAGGCGGAAUUACCGAUAGCUCCGUGUGUCUGUACGUAAGCGUUUGUGAGCGAAAGUUUGCUUCUGUUCAUGUUGGAUGAGCUUCUGGUUGUAGAUGAGGGCUACAACCGUUCUGUUCUUCCAAUCGGCUGAUGAAUCUGCUGUGGAUCCCAAGGCAGGAGAGGGAAAAGUAGGAAUCAUGAUUGGGACAAUGGGGAAGCAAGGAGUCGAGCACGAAGGGCUGUGUACUUCGCUUCCGCUUGCAAAAGAGCGGAGGAUUUCCAAAAGAUUCAAACGGAUCUGCGUAUUCUGUGGCAGCAGCAGUGGCAAGAAAGAUAUCUUCAGCAGCGUCGCCCUCAGUCUCGGCCGUGAACUAGUGAGCAGAAAGGCGGAUUUGGUGUAUGGGGGAGGAAGCAUUGGACUCAUGGGUCAGGUGGCUCAAACCGUGAAUGCGGGAGGAGGUCACGUUAUAGGAGUGAUUCCAACAGCGUUAAUGGGCAAGGAGCUCUGCGGCCAGACGGUUGGGGAGUUGAGAACGGUGCUGGACAUGCAUCAACGAAAGGCAGAAAUGGCUCGACUAUCGGAUGCGUUCAUAGCUCUUCCAGGUGGCUAUGGCACACUAGAGGAGCUGCUUGAGGUCAUCACCUGGUCACAACUGGGGAUUCACGAGAAGCCGGUGGGGCUGCUCAACGUGGAUGGAUACUACAACCCACUCUUGGCCUUGUUCGACAAAGCUCUGGAAGAAGGGUUCCUGAGAUUAUCAGCUCGGAGCAUCGUGGUGUCAGCUCCCACCGCCAGUGAACUUCUCGACAAAAUGGAGGCUUACACUCCGAUUCAUGACUGGGCUAUUCCGAAGCUGUGCUGGGAAGAUGCCAAGUGCUUGGUGUACACUCCUGCGGUGCCAUCCCCUUUGAAACAAGGCUAAUAUGAUGAAAACACCUUCACAAACGCCGAAGAUCAGUGCGGCUCCUUCUUCCCCAUCUUUCUUCAUCACUGGGAUUGUUGCUACUCUACAAAGAGUGGAGAUCAUGCACUGUGCCGACACUGGAGGAGAAAAACCCGUAGCUCUCUCAUGUGGGGCGGUAGAAAAGCUGUGCAUAUUACCACACCGACAUGCUAGUUUCUUCUUUUUUUUGAUGUUUGAUAGAUUUGUUGGAUGGAGAUGUACAGAUCCUUGGAUUCCACUCUGGACUUUCAUAGAAAAAGGGGAAAAACAUGAAAAAAUCAAAGAAAAGGAGACAGGUAGUUGUAGCUCGGAAUGAAUUGUGUCACCUUCAUGUGUGAAAUUGCUAACAAUCAAUCAAUUUUUUAAUUUUGUAUAA